AUGGAGAAAGAGCCAGAGAUGGAAGUGAAGAUGGAACCGGAGAAUGAUGAUGAUGUUGUCCCAAAGGUGAAGUUGGAGGAUGUUGAACAAGCUUGUGAUGUCAAAGUAUUCAACAACAAUUACAACAACAACAACAAGAAGGUCAAGAUAUCAUUUGACAAGAGCAAAUCAAUGUUCUAUUAUGGUGACCUCACUGUUAGAUUGUUAGAGACUGAGGACGCAAUAGACAUUUCUGGUUUGGGAAGAGCUGUCUCUAAAGUAUGCACAACCAUUGAAUACCUCAAGUCCAAGAACAUUGUCAAUGUAGUGAAGAUCCACACUGGAUUCUCCUCGAGUGUGGAGUUGGUUGUCAGCGUGACCAAAGGUCCAGCCUAUGUUGAGUACCUCAAGUCGAUGGAAGAGGUAAUGUACUAG